AUGAACAACCUCUUUUUCGUCCUUCUUAGCGCGUUCGUAGCGCAUGUUAUCGCGGCGAGUCAGAUCGCACUCUUCUUCGAUGAUAACUGUCAAGAAUCAUUGAGAGGUAUCGAAGGCCCAAACGGCUAUCCCAACGGCACCUGUACAGAUCUCAGGCGCAAUGGCGCGUACGGAAGCUUCCAGGUCGUGGGACUGGACCCAGGCUGCGCUGUCACCAUUUACAUGAACGACACGACGGUCGACAUCUGUUCCGGCUACCAAGAAGAAAUCCAACCGAUCGAUUGCUACAAUUCGACUUUCGUAUACUACAGCAUCGACUUCUGUGACGCUGGUGCCAUCAGUCCCUCGCCGUCUACAACACUUACGCCUAGUUCCACAACGUCGCCGUCGCCAUCCCCACCUCCCCCAGCCUCCUCGGGCCCGUCGACAGGCGCAAUAGUGGGGGCGGCAGUCGGUGGAGGAAUAGCGCUGGGCAUCAUAGUUGGACUGGCAGUGUUUUUCUUCAUGAAGAAGCGAAACUCAGCACGUCUGCAGGGGGCACGAGGUUUUGCAGAGCUUACAGGCGUGACAACCGUGACACCAGUCGAGGUGCACGCAAAGCACAUCCAGGAGCUAGGUCCAGGAGCGGUGGCGUACAAAUAUAAUCCUGUGGAGAUUGAGCAGCCUCCUGUUGAACUCGCGGGGAUGGAGAUGAGGCGCGAUGAAGGGAAAACACUGCAUUAA